UUUUUGUGACUUCUUCUUUCUCUUUCCCCAAACCUCAGACAGUAGUCUUUUCUUGCCUAUUUCCACGAGGUUAGAUUGGCUCGGCAAAAUGCAGAAAGCUCCUAAGACGGCGAAGGAACCCAUCCAAAGUGUCCAGGUGUUUGGAAGAAAGAAGAGCGCUACAGCAGUUGCUUACUGCAAGCGAGGGAAGGGUAACCUGAGGGUCAAUGGCAGACCUCUGGAGAUGGUGGAGCCGAGAGUUCUACAAUACAAGCUACAGGAACCCAUCCUUCUCUUGGGCAAGGAGCGUUUCUCCGGAGUAGACAUCAGAGUGAGAGUGAACGGAGGAGGUCACGUAGCUCAGAUCUAUGCCAUCAGACAAGCCAUUUCCAAGGCUCUUGUCUCCUACUACCAGAAAUAUGUUGAUGAAGCAUCCAAGAAAGAGAUCAAGGACAUUCUGAUCCAGUACGAUAGGACACUGUUGGUAGCCGACCCUCGCCGCUGCGAGCCCAAGAAGUUCGGAGGUCCAGGAGCCAGGGCCAGAUACCAGAAGUCAUACCGUUAAUGUCUUCUGUUAUUUUUUAUCAAUAAAAUGGUUUGUUAAACCCUA